CGCCAAGUCAUGGCAACUCCACGAGACAAGUACCAGAAGCUGGAUAAGAUCGGAGAAGGAUCUUGCGGCAUAGUCUUCCGAUGCAGGUGCAAACAGACCGGAGGAGUUGUUGCCAUCAAGAAAGUGAGAUUUUCCUAUGAGGAUGGCGGAGGUGAUGAGCGGAAAGAGCAGUGCGGGAUGUUUGGAGCAAGUACCCAGGCUUUGCGUGAAAUCUCCCUUUUGCAACAGCUCGGGACACAUCCUGCCAUUGUGCAGCUCUUGGAAGUUUUCAUCGAGCCAGGGCUUCUCUACAUGGUGUUUCAGUAUUUGGAUCGGGAUUUAUCCCGUCAUUUGCAGGAAGUUGGGAAGCUCUCGAAAGAAACCUUUCUGCGAUACUCUUUCCAAGUGCUAAAUGGUUUGGUGCACUGCCACGCCAGAUGCAUUGCUCAUCGCGAUAUCAAGCCACAGAAUAUCCUUGUGCAGCUGAAGACUGAUGAAUUGAAGCUUUGUGACUUCUCCCUCAGUAGACGCAGCCUACCGUUUCCGAGGGAAAAGCAGACCCAGAAGGUGGCGUCACUCUGGUAUCGCAGUCCAGAAAUCUUUUUGGGUGCCGAAACGAAAGGAACCUUCCUUGACAUUUGGUCAUCUGCAUGUGUUUUUACAGAGAUGGCAAAGGGCAAGCCGCUCUUUCCUGGAUCCUCCGAAAUUGGUAUGCUGUUCCACCAGUUUGACAUGCUUGGAACUCCAUGUAACAAGACUUGGCCGGGGGUCACAGGGUUGCCCUAUUGGUCAGAUGAGUUUCCAUACUUCGGAAGGCGUGCCUUAGGAGAUGAGCUGAGACUUGAUGAGGACAUCGUCAACUUGUUGGAACCAAUGCUGCAGUGCAAUCCUUUGGACAGGUUGGCCGCCUCAAUCUUGCUCACUCACCCAGUCUUUCAGAAUCUGGACAAGACUCCCAUUGUGCCGAAUGUGAUGAGUGUCACACCUGAAGUCCUACAUCCUGAAUUGCAAGGGGACGUGUUUCCAACAGAGCAGAACUUCGAGAUGCAGAGCAUGCAGACAAUGUUGGAGGAUCGGAGUCCAACGAGGAGCACAGGCAAGACUCAAGGGCCUCAAGGGCUUCAGGGGCCUCAAAGGCCUGAAGGGCCUGAAGAUGACAAAAGGUUUCCCCGUCCAUCCCGUCCGCUUUUUGGUCAAGAACCACGGAGCCAAAAGCGCUUCAAACCAACUGCAACAUCUCAACGUGAGGCGGAUCUUCAAAAUCCCUUGUCACUCCUUGAAGAGUGGACUCGCAGCACACAGUCAUCUUCCUUUCGAUUUUAAUCUUGUCAUUGUAGUGGUUCUAGUGUAAAAUAAAUUCGUCUGUUGCAUGCGCAUCAUGCAAUUCAUGCAUGCACAAUGUGUACAGUAGAACAUGAAAAUCACUGGUACGGCAUGGGUCUUCACUGGCACUAUAAAACACAGUUCUUUU